AUGACCGAGGGAAAUCAACCUAUUUCUGAAUUUAUUUACCAUGUUCUGCUCACAACAUCUCAAUCGAAGGAUCCAAGGGGACAGAUAGAGAAGAUACGCAUCCUUGGCACCUACACUUCUGUUGACAAAGCCAAGGAUGCUGCACAUCGUGGUCUCUAUGACAGUGGAUAUGAAUUGGAGUGGUUCUCGACCUUCGAGACAAAUCCUGAGGCCCUGGAAGUCAUUGCACCAUCGGAGGGAACCGGUCUUGCUGUUUAUGCUAUUGCGGCGGAUGGCACAAAAUUCCGAAUCCGCAUAUGCACAGCUCCAAACGAUCUUCAGUUGACGACUGGUAAUGAAGAUGGCCGGAUUGCUAUUCCUCUUUAUUAUGUCGUGCAGACAAACAUUCCGUAUUGCAGCCACGAACGGAAACCUAUCGGCACCCAUAUUGAGGGCCAAUUUAGAUCUUACGCAGAAGCCCGGAAAUUCGCAAGCACCUUGCUGCUUUCGGAAGAGGAUGGUAUUUCACCUUCAAGCUACCAAGAAUACUUUGAGGCUGGUGAUGAUGAAACAGAUUGUGAUUAUGGUCAGAAUGUGGUUUUGCAUGCGAUCAAUUCCAACGGAGAAAACUUUUAUGUCAGUAUCGUGACUUGUCAGGAGCCCGAGUGUGUACGACUUGCUGAAGCAUCGGUCAAAAUUUGA